AUGCUUUUCGCCAUCGUACUUGUGACACUUCUGCCACUUUACCAGGCUUGUGUACCUACCCAGACUAUCACUACGACAACCACCCCAUGCUGUGCGAUGUUGUCUCAAACGACUCUACCCAAGAGGAACCCGUCAUCCUCUACAUUUGAACAGUGCUCAAUCCUGAGACGAUUAUCCUCGACCUGUCCGGUAGAUGGCAUCAUAUUCUGCGAUGCCGCUCCAGACACAAAUCCAGCUCGGAUGCAGAUUGAAGUCUUCAAUGCAGCUGGAGGUGUCGUUCGUACGUACACAAAUACUGGAAACACACUAGCAGCCACUGUGUACUGUAGAAAUGGUGUGUGGACAGCACGGGUCAGCAGCACUGGUACGGACCAAUUCGUUCCGAUCACUUCGGUCUCUUGCGCUCAAGACGGCUCUACUGGCACGGACCUGGGCUAUGUCAUUGGACAGGCUGUCAACUAG